AAUAUCGUAAACCUGACGGGGAGGGACGUUCACGCGCAUGCGCCGCGUGUCACGGGACAACGAGUUUCGCUUCUCGCUCACGACUUUGAGUGCGCGUGCGGACCACAUGAAGAUGCAGAAACAGAACACAAACCAGGUCCAAGACCAGAACCAGAAAACUGUCAUCCCAAAGGUCAGAUAUCACCCAAGCAUCCAGACCCCGACACCUGGUGCCAAACCCAGACCGCGUCAAGCCCAGAAGACCAGACCUGCUGCUGUGCGCCCCCCUCAGACCGGGACCGGCAGUAAGACGGUCCAAAAGAACCAGGAUGCAGACAAGACCCUGCAGGUUAACCCAGGUCCGGCUGUGAGAUCACGACCAGAUGGAGGACAAAAACAGGGCGCUCAGAAACCGCUUCAGAGAACCGCUUCAGAUCCAGACCCUGACAGAGCCCUUCCCAGACCGGAGCAGGUCCCUCUGGGUUUGGGGGUCCCGUUAGACAGGCGUGUUGUGGAGGAAGUUGAGGUUCUGACCCGCGGACAGAGUGCCAACCAGGACUGGUUCACCUGGAGGAAGAACCGGAUCACGGCCUCCGUGGCUCACCGCAUCGCUCACUGCCGCUUCGUUAACGGCAAGACCAGGACCCCGCCCAGCUCCUACCUGUCUGACAUCACAGGGGAGGGCCGAAGAGUCCAGACCAGAGCCAUGUCCUGGGGGAUCCAGAUGGAGGCCCAGGCGGUCUGCAGCUACCAGAGGAUGAAGAGCGCGGCGCUGGGUCGGCCCGUCUCGGUCCAGGACUGCGGGCUGUUCAUCGACGCUCGGCGGUCCUGGUUGGCUGCGAGUCCUGACGGCAUUGUGACGGACAACCGGACCAGCCAAUGGCUGCUCUGCCUGGAGGUGAAGUGUCCCUACAAACACAGAGACAGACGGGUGGAGGACGCCUGCAGGGACGACCGCGCCUUCUGUUUGGAGUUACAGGACAAGGACCGCCGGGAGCCGGGAACGUCCCCGUCCUACCGCCUGAAGACGUCCCACAGCUACUACACACAGAUCCAGGUCCAGUUGGCGGUGACGGGUCUCCGGUUGGCCGACUUGGUCGUCUUCACUCUGAAGGAGACGGCUAUCGUCCCGGUGACCUUUGACCCCGACCUGUGGGAGGAGACGGUGUCCAAACUGGAGGCGUUUUACGAGGGCGCCGUCCUGCCUCACCUGAGACAGAAGACACGGCAGGACACGGCGUGGACACCUGAGCUGUAGAAACCUCCUUUACACCUGCAGCACAGUUAAUGUGAAUGUAUCAUAGACGAAGGCCAGGACUAAUACAAGAAGAGGUUAUAAACAGACUCACAUGUAGCUGUGUGUCAUCAGGGCCUAGGGGCCUAUGGGUUAUGAUAAUAUAAAUGCUUAUAUUGUUAUAAUGUUAUGCUUUUGUCAGGUUACUCAAGUUCAGAAUAACAUAGCAGGUGAAAUGUGGGUCUGGGAAUGUCUGCUUCUCGAGAAUAGAUACGCGCCUCGUACCACAACACUCACGCAUGUUAUUAGAUUAGUCUCCUCAGGAAGUGGACUGGCCUUGCAGGGCUCAGUCCUGUGAGAAGAGAGGAGGAGAUGGAACUAUGUCCCUCCUUGAUAGUUCAGCACCAAUCAGAAGUUAGGAUGAUGCCUACGAACCUGUGACGGAAUCUGUGUAUGUAAUUGCCGGACUUCCGGUUCUAGAGAAGAGUUGUUGGGGCUCCACUGAGAUCGCGAUCGCAGCGCUUUACUUCGCUUGUGAUCAGAGAAUAAAUCUACCAGAACGAGA